UUGAUAAAAUGUUUUUUUUAUGAAGAGAUAUGAAUAACUAACUGUUGACAUUUGUUAAUAUCCUUAACUUAACGUUUUCAUCAAUCAAUCCACUGGAUUAACUUUUGUUUCAUGUCCUGAAUUGAUCAACUGAAUAUGGAGGCAGCUGCAGGGCUUGAGAAAGAAUCAAAGAUUGAAACUGCUGAAGUUAAAUUUGGAUCUAAUGACGGUGAUAGCUCGCACCAUGAGGAUAUUGAGAUUGCAAUGUGGAGGAAAUUCCUGGAUAAAGCCUUUGAAAAGAGAAGAAACAAUUGUUAUGAUUUAGAGGCUUAUGCUCUGUCCAGUUAUAUUCUUGAUCAUAAUUCAGAUUUUCAUGUUAUAUGGAAUUUCCGAAGAGAAAUACUAAAUCAUUGGAAGGAACAUGGAACUGCCACAGAGAAAGCCUCUGCCGAGUUGAAUUUCCGUGAAUAUUUUGCAGGGUAUGAGGAUUAUGAACUAUUCUAUAUACUAGACUGUGUUAAAGCAUGCAUCUUAUCAGAAGAACUUUACUUCGACAAAGUUCUUUUAAAUGAAUUGUCUUUCACAACAAAGUGUCUAACCAAACAUCUCAAGUCCUAUGCUACAUGGUUUCAUCGUACUAUGAUCGUUAAAAUGAUGCAAAAUCCCCCAAUUGAGUCAGAACUGGAUGCUUGCUCUGAUUUUUUCACUUUGGAUCCAAGAAACUUUCAUUGUUGGAAUUAUCGGAAGUUCAUUUGUGAACUUCAAAGUGCAGAUGGAUUUACCACUCAGUUAAAUUUCAUCGGAAAUAUGAUAAAAAAACAUCCCGACAAUUUUUCAGCUUUCCAUUAUCGAAGUGUAAUACUGCAAAUAGCCAAGGAGAAAGGAUUGAUGCUCGUGGACCAACCGUUCUUAGAUGAUGAAUUCAAUAAAAUUCAAGAAACUUUAACAAAUCUAGCUUCCCAUCAAGGUCUUUGGUUAUAUUUUUGGUGGCUUUGUUUUAUGAAUCACGAUAUGCUAAACCUCAAGUCUUCUGAAUCUAAAUUUUUUGUUUGUCGCGUUAUUUUGGAUAAUGAUAACCACAAUCUAAUUUACCAGUUUAACCAAUGUCUUCGUAAACAGCCUUUUGAUGAACUCCUCAUAAUAUCCGACAAAGGUGUUUCGUCUUCCAUUAAAAUUAAAGAUUGGCAUUCUACUGGAGCUCUCACAUCAGAUAUUUGGUUUCACAAAAUCAACACAAAUGAAAAUAUUGCUGAAAUUAUAUUUACUUAUUCUAACAAGGUUUAUAAGGUUAAGAUGACCAAUCAGCCAGACCAAUCCAAGCUAAUUAUUAGAAAAAUCAAUGGGCUUCCUAAAAAUAAAUUUGAACUUAUCCGGGAAACAGAUGCGUUAAACAAGAUCAAUGAGCUUAGUGAUCAUUCGCACAAAACAAAUUCACAAAUCGUAAUGGAACAAAAUAAAUAUUUUAAUCUGACAAUGGCUUUACUUUACGAUGUUACUUAUUUUGACAAAUUGAUUCAACUUGAUCCUCUUCGGCGUAAUUACUACCUUGAUUCCAAAUCACAUCAUAUUAUCUGUGGAAAGUUAAAAGACCAGGAAGAAGAAAUGAACCUUAAUUUAGAAAAUUUAUCUUUAACUUGUUUACAACCCGUUUCUCGUCUUACACAUUUAAGAUCCUUGAAUUUGAGCAAUAAUCAACUGACCCGAAUCAAUGGAUCAUUCAAUUCACUCAUAUCAUUGCAGUCAUUGAUUUUAGAUAAUAAUCAAAUUUCCUUCAUCGAUUCAUCAUUCAAGAUGUAUUCACUAAAAACAUUAUCACUGAAAAACAAUCAACUUACUGAAAAAUCGUCACUAAAGCCUUGCAAUAACUGUCAGCAAUUAGAACUUGUUAUUAUUAUUGGAAAUUUGAUUACCGAGUUAGAACAAGCGGAUCUGGAGCUUGACAAACGCAUCACAAUCCAAAGUUGAAUGAUUAAUUAUUUACUCUGCUCGAGGAAAAAUUGGAAAGAAUUUUGCACUUAUAUACUUUAAUUACACAAUCAAAUGAAUAUUGAAAAUGAUUAUCAACCGAUUUUUGCACCACACCGUAUGAUCAAUCUCUUAAUCAAAUAGAAACAUUUCCAUACAUUUUUAUUGAAUUAAUGUUUUCGUAAAAUAAAAUCAUUUUCAAACCAAA